AGCCAAAAUGAAGUUCACCACCUGCCUCCUCCAAAUUUUCGCGAUUAUUUUUCUGAUUGCAGUCAUUUCAGCUGAGCCAAUAGUUCGUGAAAAACGUGGGCUCCGGGAAGACAUUCGAAAAAUCAAGGACUCGGCUCUGCCAGGUUUCGGCGACGCCGCUGGACGUGCUCUAGGUGGGCGAGCAGGAAAUGCUAAAAUUCGACGUGGUUAAUUUACUUUUUCUUUUGAGAUUUUGAAAAUGUCAUCGAAUUUUAUUUUUCUAUAUACUCCAUAUGAAUAAAAUCUUUGUAA